AUGAAGUUGAUUGCGGUGACAUUGUGCCUCGCGUUGGCGAGUUACGCUGACUCGGACCUUUUGCAGAUGCCCCGGGAAUUGUGGUCACGAGUGAUCAACGGUGGUUUCCGUAGGCUAGGCAAAAUUGAUCCUCUGCAUGUACCUAUAAUCAAGGUCGACCAAUCCGAGGGUGACACGAAUUAUCGAGUGCUACUGCGCAACCUCGAGAUCGCUGGAUUGAACAAUUCCAAGAUCGAAAGUGUCCAAAUCGUGCGUGGACAGCUACAAUCAAAUCUCAGUGAUAACGAGGCUGGUUACGUCAGCUAUAACGAGGCAAGCGACGCGGACUCGAUCAGAUACAGGUUCCACACGCUCGUCAAGGAACCAAAGUCCAACAGCGAGGAUAGAGAUUUGAAUGCCAGUGAGCACUUUGAUCGGUUCGUGUUGUACGACCCUGUUGACAUGAAAGCUGCUUCGGAAGCGGAUUUGCUGAAAGCGAAUACGCAAAACGAGCAGAGCCGAAGGAACUACAAUUCGUCGUUCGCUGUUAGAAGAGAAUACGAUCGGGAGCAGGGCGAAGACACGGUAUUUCAACUUCACCAACAACCCACUUAUGGAGACGUGAGAGUUAUGAUGAACUCCACGCCGAAGAUUCCAUCUCAAGUUCGAGUUGUUUACACCCACGGCUACCACAAUACCCAAGGUGACCUUCCCCGACCAUGUGUAGGUGCCUGCAAGCCCAAUUACGCAUCCAGAGUCAGAUCAGGAACAGCUCAGAACUAUCCAUCGCAACCUCAACAACAAUAUCCAUACGACACGGAAUCGAGACAUUACCAAGGCCGUGUGAAUUAUAACGAGCAAGCAGCUACUCCCCGUUAUGGAAUCAAGGCUCAGUUUGGGGGCGUUUCACAGUCGCAAUACGGAGUGAAGGAUGGUCAAAAUGGAGCAGUACAGUACUCGGCUGAUUUCGAUGGCAACGCUCAACCGGCUGAUCAAAGACCUAAUCAAUUUUCAAUUAAAAAUGGUAACUCUGGAUUCAGUUACAGCGGCAACUACAACAUUGGGCCGUUUGCUGUUAACGCUCGAAAUGAAGAUAAUUACGGAAGUACUAUUCAUCCUCAGCCACAAAAUCACUUUUCCGUCAAAGGGACUCCAGGUGCUGGACUGAGUUACUCAACCAAUUACAAAAAAGGUCCAGUUUCAGUUGGUAGUCAACGCGGUGAAAGCUACGGAACGACUGGAUAUCCGCAAAACCAAUAUUCCGGCAACUCUCAAAUAGAUUACACUGGAAGCUACAAUACUGACUCGUAUUCCGGCAACUACGGAAGCACUGUUCACCCACAACAUCAAUUUGAAGCGAAAAACGUCGCAAGACCUUCCAUGAGCUAUGCAUUUAACUUCAAGAAGGAUCCGGUCCCCGUUCAACAUGGCGGGACCUACCCAACAACUGAACAGUCACAGUAUCCGUACUCGGUCAAAGAUAGCAGCUAUAGUACUACCAAACAACGUCCGAAUCAGUUUUCCAUUAAAGGAGGCAGUUCCGGACUGGACUACUCCGGCCAUUACAAAGCUGGCCCGUUCUCAGUUGAGGCCCAGAGUGACGAUGCUUACGGCACCACUGGACAACCGCAAUAUCGAUAUUCACCGAAAAGUGUAACUGAACAGUACGAACAACCCCAGAAUGAAUUUGCCAUCAAGGCUGGAAAUGAAUAUGGAGUACAAUAUGGUGAACGUUAUGGAUCAUCUUCCAAAAACUACGAAGUGAGAGCUCAAGCGGGAGGUGCUAGAUUUUCAACUGAAAAGUCGGGAAUCAAGGGACAGUCUAACAAUUUCGGGGUUAAUUACUCGGGUAACUUUAACAACGGAGCAUUCUCGCUGCAAGCCGGAAACGAAAGGGACCAACUGAAGAACCGAGCGAGUCAGUCAACAAGGUACACCGAGGCAACAACCCCGCAAUAUUUUGAGGAGUUUCAACCAUACAAAUCUCCGGAGAUACGCUUGGAAAAGCAGCCGAGCUACGUCGACAUUGUCUACGCGUCUCCCGCUAAACAGGGAACCAAAUUGCAGCAAACGGAAGAGAUUCAAAGUCUCGGAUUUGUCUAGGAACAGGAUGCGAGCAGCCGCGACGGCGUAUACAACUACACAAACGGCCAAUCGCUGCACCAGCGCAACGACGCAGCUCGUGUUACCGUUGACGCGGGUCGUAUCAGGGACCUUCUGAGGUACGCCGAGGAGUAUCAAGAGCAGCAAGGCUAUUACGAGGAGGGCAUGGAGUUGAUCUAUCACUUCGGCAAUCUGUCGAACGACAGCAAGGCGACGAGCGAGGGCCCGGGGCGCAACAAGCGCCAGCACAGCAACGACCGAGACGAGGACGACCUGAUGCACGUGGUGGUGAGGCUGCGCAUACCGCAAUUGAGCGUGAAGUCGAAUUACGCGCUGACGGGCAAAGUCGGGCGCAGACAGCUGAGAGGCGCUGGCGUCCUCGGCGCAAAUUUCACCGACGUGGUCGCUGACUUUACCGUCGAGCUGAAGAGGGUGGAUAACAAGACGAUGAUAGUGCGUGCUGCGCGAGCCAAACUUUUAUCCAAAGACCGCAAACUGCGAUUGCAGGGAAUGGAUGAAAACGGACCACUUGGCAGCAUAUUAUCUCACGGUCUGCUGGCCGCGGAGGCUGUCGCCGCGAUGAUCGCCGAUGACCUGGCAACCAAAGCCCUCAACGAAGACAACAAUGCCGAGGCGAUGAUUUACAAAAUGUAUAAAAAUUUGCCAGUGAUCGAGAAAUCGUAAACGGUGCCACUACACGCUUGUCUCUUUUCUAUCUUAAAAGUAUUAUCGACGCGAUAUUUGUAAGGGUAUUUAUUUAUUGCGAGCAUCAACUUGUACUGAUUCAUUCAUUCGUUGCCAUUUUCUUCGCCUGCUUUUCUACGCAAAUUGUGACUCGCCGCUGUUGAACUCUAUUCUUAUUUUUUUUAUUUCUCCAAGCCAAUGAAUUGGAUAAUGAAACGAGAUUUUUUUCUCUCUUACUCGACAAUGUAUUUUUUUAUGUCGGUCAUUAACCCAAAUUCCAUUCUAACGUUGGACGGUCUACGGAGUAAUUAAAAAGGGCAAAUAAGAUAAUUGGGAAAAAUGAAUAAUACACCAGAAAAAAAUCUGAUUUAUAAGUCACUUGCCG